AUGACAGGCCAAGUGUUGGUGGAGAGCAUGGAUUUAUCAGCUCACAGGCUCUCUGUGAAGACGUCUGUUGAGGAUGAGUCCGAGCGCGCUGAUAGCACUCUCAGCCGUGGUCAGUCCAUAUGUGAUGACACAUCCUCUGAGUUACAGCGAGUGGCCUCCCUCGAAGCGCGUGGACUGAACUCACAGAACUCCUUCCGUGGCAGAGGGGCGCUGUCAAGGUUGGUGAGUAUGGUGGUCACUCUUAGAGAAUGGGCCCAUAAAAGCUUGCAGGAAGAGGAGGAAAGGCCCGACUCUUUCUUAGAGCGCUUCAGAGGACCCGAACUCCAAAUUGCUCCCAGUCGGAUAAGUAUCAGACCCGAUGCUCAAGAUGGAUCCAACAGUGCCAAAACCAAGAAAAAGUCUGAUGUUUUCAUAUUGGCACCCGCCGAUAACCUGUACUACCGCUGGCUGUUUGUUAUUGCCACAGCUGUAUUGUACAACUGGUGCUUUGUGGUGGCUAGGGCCUGCUUUGAUGAGCUUCAAACCAGGAACUUCAUUCUGUGGCUGGUUUUGGAUUAUCUCUCUGAUGUCAUUUAUAUACUGGACACCUGUGUGAGACUGAGAACAGGUUUUCUCGAGCAGGGUCUUCUAGUGAAGGACCUUACCAAGUUAAGAGAAAGCUAUUUUCACACAAUGCAGUUCAAGCUAGACCUGCUAUCCAUGCUACCUACGGAUCUAGCGUACAUCGCCAUUGGCAUUCACGUGCCAGAGCUGCGUUUCAAUCGACUGAUGCGCUUCUCACGUCUCUUUGAGUUCUUCGACCGCACCGAGACCCGCACAAACUACCCCAACAUGUUUCGCAUUUGCAACUUGGUGCUCUAUAUCCUAGUCAUCAUUCACUGGAACGCUUGCAUCUACUUUGCCAUCUCCAAGUCUCUGGGGUUCGGAUCCGACCAGUGGGUCUACCCAAACAUCUCUGACCCUGAGUUUGGGACACUCACUCGAGGAUACGUCUACUGCCUCUACUGGUCAACCCUCACACUGACCACCAUUGGGGAAAUGCCGGCUCCGGUGCGGGAUGAGGAGUAUCUUUUUGUUGUUUUUGAUUUCCUUGUUGGCAUUCUCAUUUUCGCCACCAUUGUUGGUAAUAUAGGAGCCAUGAUAUCAAACAUGAAUGCCACACGGGCCGAGUUCCAGGCUCACAUCGAUGCCAUCAAACACUACAUGCAGUUCAGAAAGGUCAGCAAAGAGCUGGAAGCCAGAGUCAUCAAAUGGUUCGACUACCUGUGGACCAACAAGAAAGCAGUUGAUGAGCAGGAUGUCCUAAAGAAUCUGCCCAACAAACUGCGGGUUGAGAUCGCUAUCAACGUGCAUCUGGAUACACUGAAGAAGGUCCGAAUCUUCCAGGACUGUGAAGCUGGGCUUUUGGUGGAACUGGUGCUCAAGCUGCGGCCACAGAUCUUCAGUCCCGGGGACUACAUCUGCCGAAAGGGGGACAUAGGAAAAGAGAUGUACAUCAUCAAAGAGGGCCGCCUUGCUGUUGUGGCCGAUGAUGGGGUGACGCAGUUUGCACACUUGACGGCCGGCAGCUGCUUUGGCGAGAUUAGCAUCCUCAACAUCAAAGGCAGCAAAAUGGGCAACCGACGCACCGCCAACAUCCGUAGCAUCGGCUACUCUGACCUCUUCUGUCUGUCAAAGGAUGACCUGAUGGAGGCUGUAAUGGAGUAUCCGGAUGCUAAGAGAGCUCUGGAAGAGAGGGGGAGACAGAUCCUUCUGAAGGAGGGUCUGCUGGAGGAGUUGGACGCAGGUGGCAUGGAAGAAGAACGGGUGGAGGAGAAAGUGGAGAGGCUGGAAGCUUCUCUUGAAAUACUACAGACUCGGUUUGCUCGGUUACUGGCCGAGUACACAGCGACUCAGCUGCGCCUGAAGCAGAGGCUUACGGCACUGGAGUGUAGGACACGGCACUCUGGCAGCGGCUUCCUCUCGGAUGGCAAUGAAAGCACUGUUGACGGCGACGGUACACACAGUGAGGUCAACAUCCAGCUCUGAGCACUUGCUUCUGAGACAGAAGCUUAUACAGUACAGUUAGGGUGACCAUACAAGCCAUUUUCCAAGGACGC